CGCGUCAUUGACUUGUGUCCUCCUAGCGGCACUGUAAAUGUGCAUAAUAUAGAUAUAUGGAGGUAUCGUGAGUGUCUCGAAUGUGUACUUUGGAUUUAUACUUGAAUGGACCAGAAAAAGACACGGAUAUCUUUUUGACACGUUCAUCUGAACUAAAAUUAGACACGCUGCGAGGGAUCCGCAUAGCCUGUUGAUUGCCUAACCAAGAAGCUUGAUCUACUGUCACAAGAAGCUAUCACUCAAUUGCAAGUGGUUGACAUAGGAAUGUAUUGAUCAUUUCAAGAAUUUGAUAGCUGUCAGUCGUGAAUUUUUUUCAGAAGGGGAUCAAGGAAAUAAACUUGGCUACUUCCUAUGUUGACUGAGUAGAUUACAGGAUUCCUUUCUUAGGUGUAUUAUCUUGUAGAGUGGGAUAGAUGGUCUCUUGUCAGUCCCAACAUAUAAUGCAUGUUGGAGGAAUAACCAUUACUGGCCAGUGAAGUUUCAAACCAAAAUAAACAAUGGCAUCUGGUGGUGGAAAUGGUCGACCAAUGCCAGCCCCAAGAACAGGGAAACCACUUCUUGCACCUAAGCCUCAUCCACCCUUCCAACAAGGGGCUGCAGCUGCAGCAGCCGCUGCACAUCUCCUCGGUCCUCAGGGCGGGAACCUUACCGAGGCUCGUGCAAAGACUGUCCUCAAGGAAGCAGUGGAUGCUGUUGUCAAUAGCUUUGCUAAACACACACAUGGAUAUGGAAGAGUGAAUGUGGUGGAGGCUUUGCAAGAGUUCUGGCAGAUGAAGUUAGAGCGGGGCGCGGACCUGAAGAAUGGCGCCCUGGUGGUGUACGAGUCAGAGCCGGCCUCAUCUCCGCCAUACGUCUGCUACGUCACUCUACCUGGAGGCAGCUGCUUUGGCAGUUUUCAGAACUGCUCGACAAAGGCAGAGGCAAGAAGAAGUGCUGCCAAGAUUGCACUCAUGAAUUCUGUAUUCAACGAACAUCCUUCAAGGAAAAUAACUGACGACUUCAUCGACAAGGCCAUACGGGAUGCUCUCGCUUCUUUCAAGGGAAGCCAGUCUGACAUUGAGAACCCCAGCACAGGUAUCGGAGCCUUUAAGUUCAUGCUUGAGGCCAACAGGGGGCGCACCAUGCUGGAGUUCCAGGAACUGAUGACCGUCUUCCAACUGCUGCACUGGAACGGCAGUCUCAAGGCCAUGCGGGAACGCAGCUGCUCACGGCAGGAAGUGCUGGCACACUACUCCCACCGGGCACUGGACGAUGACAUGCGGUCACAGAUGGCACUGGACUGGAUCGCACGAGAACAGGAGGAUUGUUCAAUCAUCCCUAGGGAGUUGAAAAUAUCUGAGAAAGAGUUAGAAUCUGCACGACUAGCUGGGAGAGAACUCAGGUUCUAUAAGGAGAAACGAGACAUUCUAGUUUUAGCUUUGAGCCAGAUCGGGCCUUCAGAGAGUAUGGCCUGAGUGUUGCCAGUGCGUGGAACUUGGCUGUCCGAGUCUUGCAUGGAUGUAUAUAGUUACUCUGUGAACAUCAUGCAUCGUGGUGUGUGACUGCCAGUAAUACAGCUGCCAGUAUCUACAUAUCUCAAGGCCAGAUGAUACGAGUGCUUCACACAACUUGUCUCUCAUUAAGCUUCUGUUGCAACACAGCAAGUGAAUGUUGCCUGUUUAGUUUAUGCAUGAACAAAUGUAUUUCCAGUGCAAUGUUCCUAAAGAGGAUGUGGCAAAGAAUUUCUACUAGUGCAUGUAUCAGUUCUGAGAGCUGCCCCCCUGUGCUACAGCCGCCAGCUAAAUGUGCACAUUACUACACAAUACUCCACACAUGGACGUACAUGUGACAUGUGUUCAUGUGUUGUCUACAUAGACAAAUAAUGUUGUACAGGUGACGUGUUCAUGUCUUGUCUACACAGAGAACAAAAUUGUUGUGCAUGUGUCCAUAUGUUGUCCACAAAGAACAAAAUGUAGUGCAUGAGUCCAUGUGUUGUCCUAAAGGAACAAAACUGUUCUGCAUGUGUUCAUGUCUUGUCCACACAGAACAAAGAUGUGGCAGUUGUGAUCCAAGACUUGCUAUUGUGGAGCAUGUUGCAGUCUCCUUCUAUAGCUGUACAUACAAGAACUGUCUGCAUGCCCUGUGUGUUUACUGCUUGCUGUGAGAAGAAGCAUGUCCCUGCCAUCUGUACUGACAUCAGUAGUCAGUAGUGACUUGUUUCCCUGCACCCAUCGUCCUCCACGACUACCACCACCCCACCUUCUAUAUUUAUAUAUGAUAAUGUUUGAAAUAAUGGUCAGCACUCAUACUGAGUACUUCAUACAAGACGUAAUGUCAAAUGGCUAUAUUAAGUUCAUUUUCAACCAACAAGAUCAUUGUAGAUUAAUUUCCGGCAAUAUGUGAUUAUCCUUAUGACAAAAGUUUUAGUUUUUUUGGGGAGGGGGGUUAUAGUUACAUACAAAACCAAAGGCAAGAUGUGCCAGGAUCGGCCUUCUUUGCCCUGAUUACUAUUACCCACACACAUGCUUGUGGGUUUAUGCAAAGUGGUAAAGCCCAUUUAGGCAUCACUUGGUUAUUCUCACCAGGCUCACACAUUGUGAUAUGACUGAAAUAAACUCCAAACUCACACAUAGUUGUACUUUCUCCUACUUUCUGAAAACAUGUACAGGCCACUGAUGUGCACGUGAAGUCACUACAAUUGUAUAUAUAGAUGGAUCAUUAUGACGCAGAACCAUUUCUGUAUGUUAUGAGUUGUUGAUGUUUUAAUGAGGCUGUUAAGUGUUGGAAGCAUUAUAUUCCUGAAUGCCAGGAUAUCUUGGCUUUGCCAGUUGUUUGUCUUUUAUGUAAUAUUGUUGAUUUCUGUUUGAUUCUCAGUAAGUUUUAAUUUAUUUCAACCCACCUUUUGUCUUUAGUUUAAAAAUAAUUGCUGGAGAGUUUGCAAUGUUAUCAAAUGCAUUAGAGAUCAGUAGUGAACAAUCCACCAUGGAAACUGCGAGGGAAAUGCAGUGUGUAGAAUUAAGAUGCAGUUUCAUCCCAUGGAGACCUAUGCAUCAAUAGAAGACUUCAGUGCAGUCAUUUCAGCCUCGGUAAUCCAGUUUCAUAUACAGCAGACCUCAUCUUACAUUAAAGAAAGGCACUUUCCUGUCAGAUUUCUGAAGCAAGGGAGGUAACUCCAUUUAGCCAGUAUCCAUUCAUUGCACUUUACUCAGUAUGUCUGUGUGGUGUGUCGAUGAGAAAAGACCUAUGGAAGUACAGAUACAGUAUGUAGGUUAGAUUUAGGUCCAUUGUAUUUUGUGACAUUAUUGUCUCAUCAGCAAAAAGUAUUAUGUGUGCUCCCAGAAUAUCAUGAAUAUUAUGAAUGGUAAUCAGUAGGAACAUCAUUGGAAGAAGAAAAUUGUUUUCAAAUAAAAAAAUUAGGAUAUCAACAUUUUACAUGAUUUGGUCCAGAUUCAUGGAAGCAAAAUAGUGGUAUUGUCUUAUUAAAAUAUUCCUAAGGUAUUAUGUAGUCAACAUAUAUUAAGUAAAUGUAAAAGUUUGGCUUUAAACUUGUCAAGUGAGAAUAAGAUAUAGUCAGUGUUUACACUGUAGUAGGGAACACUGUAAUGUAUGCCGGUUCCUACCUUCCUAGUAAUGAUGCCAUUACUGUUAAUGCAUGUGUGUUGCUGUGUGUUCAGGCAGUCAGCUCGUCUCUGUCUCGCCCUGCUUCUGUGUGCGAUGUAUAGUUACACCUAUUUUUGUUUAGUAGAUUGGAUUGUAUUGCAUGCAUGUAUUUGUACUCUAGAUUUAGAAAUAAUCUCAAGCAUGUGCCAAAUUUUGUUACUUUUGGAAAGAAUGCAGGUGGCACGUGAUCAUGUCUGUCUGAAAUCAUCAAGCAUCUCUUGCUAAAGACUUCUUUAAAAUCUGCAGACAGAGUUUUGGCAGCCAUUUGUUGUUUUAAGUUGACUUAGACAGCGGUUACUGUUCUGGUGCCAUGUUCACACAACUGAUCAUUGUUAACAAAACACAUCCUGAAUACUUUCCUUGUUUUCCAGUGUCACAUUUGCAAUCUAUAGUAACUGAAUAAGAAGGGGAAAUUUUGCCCAUUCCCAUGUAGAAGCCUCACAAUAAGUUGUCUCCAUUUGUGAAUGUGUAGCAGCCCUAUCCCUCUGCAUGUUUUGUAGGACAUUUCUUCCUUUGAAGCGGCAGGGUUCAUUGUCUUUGUGAGGGUGAAAGCUUCAGCAUUUGGUGUUGUCUGGUCAUUUUGUCUCCAUAUCAAACCUGUCUUUGUUGUACAGAGAGUCUAGAAAAUAUAUGAGAUUUAUCACAGCAACAGAACUGCUUCAAUAUAAUAUACAUUUACUCAGCAUAAUAUAUCUCUAUAAUACAGUCUGUUUGCAUGUAAAUAAAAUAUUAUGACAGUA